UGCAGUUCUUUGGCUGCCGCAUAAAUUUCCAUGUUUUCCGUCAAGUCGGCAGAAAACUUGGCUUGCAUAUAACAAAUGGAGGAAAACUAGUUGGUUUUCCAUCUGAACCUUUUUUUUUGUUUCAUUUAACACAUAGACUAAGUGCUUGUGUGUCUUUGAGUCGCUACGGUUGUUAUCUUUACAACAAUUUCCUUUCAACGUUUGAUAUUUCCCGACUUGCGACUAGUUUAGUGACGGGUGAUUUUUCCUACAUUGCUCCGUUGAGUGUGGAAAUGAGAAGUUUUCCGGUGUGUUUUGUGUAAAUGAAUGUGGCCCAGUGAAUUUAUUAUAGUUUUUCUUUUUGGGUCAAGGGAAUGUUGAAUUUGAACGUUUGAGUUGAUGAUUUACGCGUGGCUUUUAAGUGUAAUAGUUUCCAGUGAAUAAGAAAUGAUCCCGGCUCCUUUUAUAGUCCCCGAGGAAAACUCCUAUUGAAAGAAGUGCAUCCGUGAAUCCGGGGCUUUCCCGACCCCUAUCAUAUGUUUUAAUUGCCAUUUGAUAUCCCACGACAUCCUUUUCCCCGGAUACUUGUUCAUAUGUAAAUCCGAUUAAUUAUAUUGGAAACAGGACGAAAUCAAUUCGACACGAAUAAGGGCCCAUUGUAUCCCCCGGCAAUUUUCCAACGUUCUUCUACGUCUCCGAUGGAUUCAGGGCUGCAGAGGGAUGGUGAUUCCAUCAUACAAAAAGUGUCGACAGUGAAUAUAAUUGAUAUAUACUAAGUGGUGUCAGUUAGGCAGCUUAAAGGGUGAAGUGCUUUUCUGCCCUCUUCGGGGCUCUUAUGUAAAGACACUGUGCCAUUACUGCUGGGGCUGGUUUUCCCUUUUCCGGUCUGGCAGGGAAAUCAGAUUUCAUUGAUAGUGACGAAAGUAGGGUGCGUGGGAGUAACACUAACAAAGUGCCGACUGUCGCCGGAUUCCGAGGAAGUGAGUGAAUAUAGUGCUUUGCGGUGUAAAAACGGGGGGGGUUGCCUCGGUUGAACUCUCUCAAGGCGCUUCUGACGAAAUGGUUGAUAUGGUGUCGUCCGUGAAUCGGGAUGGAGAAGGAUCCCGCAUAAAAAGUCUCAUGGAGCGGACACCCAGCAUUCUCAAGUCCAAGUUCCUGUCCGUGCUGGGGAAUAGUAAUGAGCUUUUGAAUGGAAUUUCGAAUAAGUUGGACAUAAAUUUAAGCCUAAGUGGUUCUGACACAAACACUGAAUACACAGAUGACGAUGAUGAGGAGUGUUGCAGCCGUGAUGACGAUACCGUUGAUAUAUCUUCCAUAGAUUUUGAAACGCGACGAGUUAAAGAGCGUCGGGCACAUGAAGAAAUCCUUUCAGGACGAUUUCGACACCCAAAUUUAGCGCCUAAACUAACAAAAGAUGGCCUUCAACUGGACCUAGAUAAGCCUCUUUCGUCUAGUUCCGAUAGUAACAAAAGCAGCCCCUACAGUAUAUCAAAUGAUUCGAAAUCUCCAAAUCGAGGCGGAGCCAGUGAUCCCGAGGAUGAGAAAACAGAAAGCCUUAAAAUGAAUGGCCAUGUUUCUGCCAUGGGCCAUCGUUCUUCCAACCCAGCAAUAGACGUGAUUCCGCCACUAGACGGUGGUGGGGGAAGCGCUGAAUCAGGCGGUGGGCGUACACCAAACGUGAAAUGUGAUAAAUCUCCCCCGACACCCCAACCGCAACCCCAUCAACCGAGACCAUCAAACAGUAGCACGUUGACCAGCCUUAACGAUCUCAUGAUUCCACUCAGUGCCAGUUUAGAGUCAUCCGAUCUGCGAAUUGUCAUGCGAUCCGAAUCGGAAGUAUCGGUUCCUUCGUGGUGUUCAUCGAUGAGUCUUGAGAAUCCUGCCGAGGAGGUAGUUAAGGAAUUUAUGAAGCAAUUCGUGAAUAUUGUCUUCACGAGUAGUUCAUCGAUUGGACUUGAAUUGAAAUCAGAAUUUGGACAGAAGGCUAGGCUGGAUUCCGGAAGAUUAUGGUUUGCGCGGUUUGUCAAUGCACAGAGGGCGAAAUCGAAACGAGUGGAUGAGACAACGUUCUAUUCUUUGGUGCAGUAUUUUGCAAUAAUUCUGUUUGAAUGUGCCGAGAGUAAGGACUAUUCGCCGGCGAAGAAUCUUAUGAAUAUGUGCUUUACGUUUUAUCAUGAAAUUGAAGUUCCUGGUUGCGAGCCAUAUAGAGAAUAUCUUUUUACAUAUUUGCGUGAACAACCAAUUUGGCAUACCCUGGAAUUUUGGAAUGCUGCAUUUGCUGAUGCCUUAAAAGGUCUUCAAGAUCAUCGCCCCAUGAACGGUGAACGUCGAUUAUCCUCCACGGUGGACAAUAGGAACAAUGAUAAUGUAUCCUUAUCCUGUAAUGCGACACACUCGACUACACCGGGGAAACCAAAGUUGGAGCAACACGAAUCUGUUGAUAUUGUGACGGAGGAACAGAAAUUCCAGCAUAAUAUAACAUUUGGACAGUUAGGCACAUUCACCUGCAAUAUGCAUGCCUUCGGUUUGAGUAAGGAUCUGUGCAUUGAUUUCCUUCAAAGGCAGGCUGCAAUCGCGAGUUUGCCAAAGGAACAAGAGAAAAUCUUGCGGGAUAACAUAAAACGGAUGUACCUUGAAACAGAUAAAUGGGGAGCUUAAAUUUCGCAUUUUGUGAAAUUAAUUAAGUCCACACUAGCUUUAUUUUCUACGUAGUAAAUUGCAAGGAAAAUGUUAAUAAAAUUUUUUAGUGUGUAGUUAUGAAGAAUAUUUAAAGAUUUCCAUCUUCUACUUGAGCACUAAACUAAUCGGAAAAUAUUUAAUGUUUCCAUAUUCUAAUGAGAAAGUAUUUUUUGGGUUUUGUCAUGGAUGAUUUUUGUAAUUUUUUUUGUAGGAAGGACGAUGAUUUAUUGUAUGAAUUUAUUGACGUUAGUGGUUUAGAUUGUGAAAUUUGUGUGAAGUCUUUUGGAAUAAUGGAAAAAAAAGUUAAACUUAGCAUAAGAAAGUAACAUUUAUUUGUAUCAUAAUUUUGAUAUUUGGGAACGCAUAGCUGUCACCUUUUUAUUAAGAGAAUUUCGCUCUUAUUUCCAGCCAGUGACAUGUUGCUAAUUAUUUUUGUUUACAUAAAUUGUAAGUAAUUAAUUUGUUUGGUUUAAUUUUUUUUUUAAUUUAAUUUAUUUAUUUUAUUUUUUGCUGAAUUUUUUGACAAUUAAUUUGUUUAUUUUUUUUAACCACGUUUUUGACGUUAACCAAGUUAAUUUUAUUGCCUAAAUUUGUUGAUAAUUAAUUGGUUUUAUUUUACUGUUUUAAAAUGCUGUUAAUUAAUUUAUUGCCAUUGUUUUCUAUGCCAUAUAAGUAUUUAUUAAAAAAAAUAAAAUAUUUAAAAACAUAAAAUCAAAUCCUAUGAGUAUUUUGGGAAAACAAUAUUUUACUAUGUGAUAUAAUCAAAAUGUGAUGAAUUAAUUUGGGCAAUGCAUGCAUUAUGUACUUUUAGAUCUUCAAUUUGAGAAUCCUUAAGUAAUCAAAACUGACAAGUCGUUCUGUCAAAGCGUUUGGUAAACCCUAGUCGUAUUAUUCCCUAAACUGAAAUGAGCACUCCAUCUAAAACUACAAAAUGCAUGGAUAUCCUUCCGCGUGUGUUGGUCACACGAAAUAACACUUGAAGAAAAAGAAAAACCAAUAAUAAAACAAUUUAUUAUAAACAAAUGUAUUUUCACGUGAUAUAUUGUAUUAUGUACAACCGUAGGAAAGAAAUUCAAUGUUUGUCUCAUAGGAUAAGUGACGUAACAAAAAAAAACGAAAAAUUUGUAAUAUUCCUUCUCAAUGCAAAUUUUGUCAUUUCAGUUCUAAUUUCGCUUUAAAUUCGAAAAGAUAUUGAUGGGCUUAUAUAUCUUGCAUCGAAUUUUAGGAGAGAUUGGCUGCAUUUUCGAUAUUUUUGAGAUACUUUUUCCGGUAGCAAUUACUUCCAAUAUUGUAAGUUAAAUAGUUUGACAAUAAUUGAUAAGCAACUUUGGAAAAUAGCAUGUGCAAUUUUUUUCGGAAAGUAAGGGGAACAGGAUUCAAAAGUCUCCGAAGGGACACUGUUGAUUAAUAAAUUUUAUGAAAGUCA